ACCACUGACUGAUUCGACGGUGAGACUGAUACCAAAGAAUAAUAUUGGAGAGCAUUUGUCGCACCCGAUAGAUAUAAUGACAACCAACUCAUCUGACGGCGACAGUUCGACAAACAAACCGUCUCCCUGGAUUUUUGGUGUGGCCAUAGGCACGGUUGUGGCUUUGGUGAUAGUCGUGCUUUUUAUAAAUGUUUCAAUCCGGUAUUUCUCAGAAUAUCCGAGGUCUGAAGGUUGGGAAACACACGACCCAGAGGCUACACGUGGCCCGAAUAAAACGGGGAGCCUUGAUAAAGUCGCCGCCCGUCAGCUGUUCCUAGAAUACAAGAGCAUAAUACGAGACACAGCAUUAUGUCAACAAUCUACGAACUACACAGUGUGCGCAAUCUGUAUGGAGGUUCUAGAAGACGAGGAAAUGGUCCGCCCACUGGUUUGUGGCCACAUAUUUCACUCUGGGUGCAUUACGUGUUGGUUCUUGAGGUUACACGAUACUUGUCCUUUAUGCAAAGCCCGCUUUGUGAACGAAGACGAGAUUGCCCGUACUGGAAGGUCGUCUAUCGAAAACCACUGAUUUCCUUUCUUUAUGUGGACAAAGGAUUACGGGGCUUGAAUUUUCAUGAGAAAGUUCACCAACCUGAUAUUUCCCUCCAUCCUCAGCUUAGUUCUAAAAACAAAAUCAUCAACAUACUAGGAAAGC